AACACAACACAACAACACAUCAUUACAUUUGUUAUAAUUUAUUGAUUUAUUUAAACAUUUUUUUAUUAAAACAUAUAAUCAAUCGAUUUAUUACUUCAUUUACAUUAUCAUCGAUUAGUUUGUCGGUGAUUACAGUGAGUGACAAAUAAAUUGUUGACAAAAAUGUUGGACUUCUUUGUGAUAUUUAGUAAGUCUGGUAUAGUGUUGUUCGCAACGGUAAACCAGACAAUCCAUAGUAUGAAUAGUUAUAUCAAUAAACUCAUUAAGAAUGUCAUACUCGAGGACCGUAUGGACACAUUGAACAGCGACUCAAUGGCACUCCAGUAUCGGUUGGACAACGAAUUUGAGUUGGUUUUUGUGGUCGGAUAUCAAAAGAUGUUAACGCUUUCAUAUAUAGAUAAGUUCUUAGAGCAGAUCCAAUUGGCCUUUAGAGAUAAAUUUCAAGAUUACGAUCUUCGAAAGACGCUGUUAAUGGCAUCUAACAUCGGGAAGACUGUCACCGACGGUGACCAACAGGUGAACGGCAUUACCAAUAGUUUGAUACCUUUGUUAACCACUAAUGUCGUUGACUUCAAUAUGGAGUUUAAAAAAGUUUACGGUAUUUGUUAUAAAAUACAAAGUAAUCCAAUACAACAUGAAAUGAGAACAUUUGAACAAAGUUUCAAAUCCAAGAAAACUGUGGCCUCAAUGAUAGUUCAGACCAAUAACAACAAGACUAAGAGUGCCAAAGAAUCGGCAAAAGAGGAAUCAGUCGUCAAAAAGAGUGACAAACCAAACAACAACACUAAUGGACAGAAUAACAAUCAAACGGAUAUACAGAAGAAGUUGCAGCAAAUGAUGAAGAGUUCGACCUCACCCAAGGCUAAGAAAGUGCCUAAAAAGGAACCGACAAAGAAAGAGAAAAGCAAUCGGGUCUGGGAUUUGGGCGGAAAAAACGCCCAGAAUUUGGAUUUUAGCAAAAAAGGUGACGAAUUUGAUGUCAACAGUUCAUCGAUUGCCAAAAAUACGGCUAACGCUGAAGACUUUGCUAAUUAUAACAGCAUUGAUAUGCAGCCCGAUCUCGAGUUUGAGGUUGAAGAAGAAGAAGAAGAUGAAGAAGAAGAAGAAUUUAUAUCAGCCAAACCUAAGAAAUCGAUAUUUGGAUCGUUUUUGAAAACUUUUAAUUAUAACAAAGUCUUAACUCAAGCAGAUUUAGAGCCUAUUUUGAAUCAACUUAGAGAUCAUUUAAUUGCUAAGAACGUAGCCUCAGAAAUAGCUACUAAACUAUGCGAAAGUGUGUCCACAAAACUUGAGGGACAAACCGUUAACACAUGGACUGGACUAAAGAGCUUUGUUCGCAAUGCUCUCGAAGAUUCAAUUUUGCGUAUAUUAAGUCCUAAUCGGAAUAUAAAUAUUUUGCGAGACAUAAGAGCCAAGUCGUCUCCCUAUACUAUUGUCUUUUGUGGUGUCAAUGGUGUCGGGAAGUCAACCAAUUUGGCCAAAAUUGCUAAUUGGCUUAUCGUUAAUAAUGUAAGAGUUCUUGUUAUUGCAUGCGACACAUUCAGAGCCGGUGCUAUUGAACAGUUACGGACACACAUAACAGCGUUGAAGAAUAUUCACGAAAAGGAUGGUAAAUCUAAAGUUGAUUUGUUUGAAAAGGGUUACGGCAAAGACAGUGCUGCCAUUGCUAUGGAAGGUAUCAAUUAUGCCCGAAGUGGUGGAUAUGGUUGCUGUUUGGUUGAUACUGCGGGACGUAUGCAAGGAAAUGAGCCAUUGAUGAAGCAAUUGGCAAAAUUAAUUAAGAUUAAUGAACCGGAUCUUACAUUGUUUGUCGGCGAAGCAUUGGUCGGCAAUGAGGCUGUCGACCAACUAAUGAAAUUUAACACCGCUUUGUUAGAUAACGGUUGCAAAGGUGUUACUUCAAACGCAUCGGCUAUUAAUGGCAUAGUUUUAACCAAAUUUGACACAAUUGAUGAUCAGGUGGGCGCCGCUAUAUCGAUGACUUAUAUUACAGGACAGCCCAUUGUGUUUGUUGGCGUUGGGCAGACAUAUCGUGAUUUAAAGCAAUUGAAUGCUAAAGCAGUUGUUAAGGCUUUAAUGAAGUAAUCAAAAGUACAACAAAUGUAUUGUUUUAAUAAAUGAAUUUUUAUUUUGUUUUUGUUUCAGUUA